AUGACUGAUUCCGAUAAAGUUGGCCUUGGUCUUGAUGAUAUUAUUCGACAAGAUCGUUCAAGUCGACGCGGUCGUGGCGGUGGUAAUCGAGGAUUUCGAGGACGAACUGGUGGUCGUGGUGGUGGUGGUGGUAAUGGAUUUCGAACUCGUGGUGGUGGCGGAAUACCUCGAGCACCAAAUGCACCAGCAAUGGGUCGUUGGAAACAUGACCUAUAUGAAGAUAAUACAGGUGGAAGUCGAGGCGUACAACGAAAUGUUGGUGUGAAUAGUACAACUAAAUUACUCAUUUCCAAUCUUGAUUUUGGUGUAACGACAAAUGAUAUUCAAGAAUUAUUCGAAGAUGUAGGUGCUGUACGUGUAGCACGUGUGCAUUAUGAUGAAUCUGGUCGAUCUUUAGGAACAGCUGAAGUUGUAUUUGAACGUCGUGUUGAUGCAGUUGCUGCUCAACAAAAAUAUAAUACUCUUAAUCUUGAUGGUCGUUCUAUGGACAUAAGAUUAGUUGGCAGUGUUGGUGAUGGAUCCAAACCACAAGUAAAUCGAUUUACUUCAGCUAAUGGAGGCGGCGGCGGCGGUGGUGGUGGUGGUGGUCGUGGUGGUGAUAGAAAUCAACGAUUUGGUAAUCGUAAUAACAACCAACAAAAUGGUUUUCGAGGUAAUCGACAACGUGGUGGUGGUGGUGGCGGCGGUGGUAGACAACAACAAAAUGGUAGUAAUGGAAAAACAGACGUUUCAGCUGAAGAUCUUGAUGCCGAACUUGAUGCUUAUCGUGCUGAAAGUAAACAAAAAAAACAAUAA